CAUGUCUGUUAAAGUUCUACCGGCAUCUCCAAACUGGUACAGCAGCAAAGUAAGCGAUGUCAGCAAGGACACAUUCGUGUUCGGAGCUCGUCAGAACGUGUACGUGUAUCGGCUGCACGGCUCCCACCUCGUGCAGGUGUGGGCAUUUUGUGGUCACAGAGAACGUGUCACCUCUGUCACGUUGUGUCACGCAAGGGCGUCGCUGUUAAGCUGCUGUAGCGCCGAUGAAGAUGGCAAGGUCAAGCUGUGGGAUGUGGACAGCAGAGCGGUGCUGCAGGAACAUGAGUAUCACAAUGUUCGAGUCUCUGCCCUGUCAUGGUCCCCCUUGGAUGAAGAUUUAAUUGUCUCAGGGGAUGAGAAGGGAGCCAUCGUCAGCUGGAGGCUCCAGGAGAACAGACACAUGAUGCUUACACCGGAGUCGGGGCAGGGGAUUGUGUCGUUGGCAUGCUCUACGCAGAACAGGGAGGUGUUGGCUGUUGGAUACAAGAAUGGUCUGAUUUUAUUGGUGUCACUGGCGAACAAAGGGCAUGUAAUCCAUCGACUGAGAGGUCAUGAUGACGAAGUUCACUCCCUUGCUUGGUGCAGCUUUCCUGGAGAGGACUUUCUGUCGUCGAACAAGAGGGAUAACUCUCACGAUGACGAUCCUCCAGGCGAUGCGUCAGGAGUCGUACCCGGGGGGUGCCUGUUGGCCUCAGGCUGUAAGAACAGGACAGUUGCAGUGUGGAGCACAGCCCAGGGGAAAGUGCUGGAGACGUUCAAGCUCCCAACAACCACAGGGUCACGGCGCGAGAGGUGGGACGAGCAGGGCAGGGGAAGGAUCUGGGUGACUGUGUGUUGGCCACCACACAGCAGAGCACAGUUUAUCUCCAGCUCUCACAAUGGAGACCUGCUACAGUGGGACCUGACGAAGACCGGGAAGACGAAGUGGGAGCUUUUCAACACACGGGCGUCUGUAAUCCCUGGUCAUUUCCGCAUCGUCUUUAACGUAAGCUGCGGAGGAGAGGGGAAUGGGCUGCUUGUCUCUACUUCCAUGGACAGACAGAUCGUUGUGUGGGACCUGGCUUCGCUCACCCCCAAGUUUUGUCUGCCGACCCUAGGAGGAUUUGUCUAUGCUGUGGAGAGUUCACCUCUCGAUCCCGGUCAAAUUGCUGUCGGUGUCGGUGACAACCUGAUUCGUGUUUGGAAUAUCAGCGAUCAGAUGAACCCGUACAAGGUGACCUCUCUCUGGCAGGGCAUCAAGUCCAAGGUCACAGCUUUAAGCUGGCACCCAAGUAAGGAAGGCCUGUUAGCAUACGGGACUGAUGAUGGACGGGUGGGCAUAUACCAGACCCUCUCUAACAAGCCUCCACAGUUGUCCAGUACAUAUCACAAGAAGACAGUGUAUGUCAUAAACUGGGGACCACCCUGUCCUGCUCUAGACCCCAGUGCUAGUAGCCAGACACCCCUGUGUGUGUACAGUGUCGGGGACGGACUGAUUAAGGAACAUCUCCCCCAGAGACUGGAGAAGGAAGCUGUGGAUUUCCACACGGUCAUCUCUGCCACAAAUGGUCCAAAGAGCAAGUAUCCAAUCAGAAGUGACAUCAGGUGGAAGCAAGACUUCACCGUGGUAGCAGUAGGAAAUGAUGAUGGGUCUGUGGAACUCUUCACCCCUCCAAAUUUACGACUCAUCUGUGUGAUCAGACUUCAUCAGAAGCUCGUCAACUGCGUCCGCUGGCACCCUCUGUACACCGCCGCCUCGCCCACCAUGUCACCGUGCCGACACUGGGUCGCUACAGGCUCUAAUGAGAACACGGUGUACGUGGUGGACCUGACACAUAUCAUAGAAACACUAGGUAAAUCCAGUGAUGUUGUCACGGUAACCUCUAGCACCGCCCAGCUGGAGGGCCACAGUGGGCGUAUCACAGGGUUGUCAUGGAGCCCACAUGUUGAUGGACAGCUGGUUUCAGCAUCUUAUGAUGGAACAGCACAGGUUUGGAAUGUUCUGAACAAAGAGCCAGUGGCAAACUUUCGAGGACACAUCGGUAAACUGCUCUGUGCGGAGUGGAGCCCCCUGGAGGAGGAUGUGGUGAUGACAGGGGCAGACGACUUCACCUUGCAGGUGUGGAAAAUAUCGGAGCAGGAAACCAAAACUUGUCCGGCUGGUAAACGAAAAAGUAAAGGAAGAUCAAAAAGCAAGAAGAAAGGCAUAGAGGUGGAGAAAAGCCCUGAUACCUCUAAUACAGACAUUCAAGGAGAAGGUGUGCAGUUGACUCGUGAGAUUGAAGAGCUCCUUGCGGUCAAGAGAAGACAACUCUUGGCAGAAUGUAACUCCACAGAUGUGGAUUCUGAUAGUCAUGGCGGAGUGUCUGUACAGAGGCCAGUGGAACUAACAGUGGCAGAUAUCUUAGGAGAAGUUGCAACAGCUGAUGAAAGUGACGAUGAAGAGGAGAGUUCAGCAAGGGGGGAUAAAUCUAAAGGCCAGAUUGUCUCCAGGUCAGAUAAUGUUCGGAAAAAGAGGAGAACAAAGUCCUUUUUCCCCAUACUGGCUGGUCGGGAAAACUGCAGUAGACAACAACAACACCAAGACCUUCUGACUCUGGUGAAGAAGAUUUAUCUGUCGGAAAGUGAAGAUGAAAAUGAAGGCUCGUCUGAUGAACCAUUUUACCUGGGCCUCUACCUGAGUCGGCGUGCCGUGUACAAGUGUUUAAAGAGAGAAGGCCAACAUCAUCUUGAUCAUGAUAACAUGGACUAUUAUCUCCAGCUGGAGAUUUGGAAGGGAAACAUACGGGGUGCUCUAAAGUUUGCCCGGGAAAGAGAAGAGCUCUCUGAUUGGUUGGUGGCUAUGGCCCCAAUGGCUUCUCACCAGAUGUGGGUGGAGGCAUGCCAAGAUUACGCCCUCCAGCUGGAGGCGGAGGGACAGUUCCACAAAGCAGCCUCUUAUUACCUGGCCGCUCACAAAGUCUACGACGCCAUUAAUCUCUUCCGAAGGCACAGAAUGUUCAGAGAAGCUGUAGCGCUAGCCAAGUUGAGGUUGUCUCCCUUGGACCCAGCCCAUGAAGAGCUGUAUGCCACUUGGGGGCAGCAGCUGACGAAGGAGGGACAUUUUGAACAAGCAGCCAAAUGCUAUGUGGCCAUCAAGCAGGUGAGGGAAGCUGCCAAAGUCUUGGCUCGUAGGACCGAUCAGCAAAGUCUGAGGGCCGCAGCUCACAUGAACUUCAUAGCCAGCGAGAACCAGGAAGGGCUGAUCUAUGCUCAGAAGGUCGUUCAUCACCAUCUCGUGUCGAAGAACUGGGCCAAAAUCCAUGAGUUUUGUGAGGAGAGCAAACAGUUAAAGGUAUUCAUCCUCCUGGCUUGUCUGCACGAAUUGAUGCUGAAGGAAUUGCCGAAUGUGGAGCCCAGCCUUGAGAGCCUCACAGAUCAGGCAAUGUUUACACAGCAGGCUAAUACGGAGCAGGAGAGCGCCUCUUCUGUCAAAAUACCUGAAUUCAUGGUCGACUUGAAUGAGAGUGAUCCAAUGUCGCCUUGGAAACCACAUUUAGUCGGGAACAAGACAUUCCCACAUCAUGUCCUGCGUUUGUGGUGCACCCGCUAUGAGGUUGCCAUGGAGAUGUGCAGUCUGGAGGACCUGUACACAACGUUGAAGACGAUCCACCAAAGUCCAGGCAGCGUGGACACUCCUCAGUUACUGGUUCAGGUGUCUUAUGAACUAAGCCGGGCACUUCUGAGCCUGCUGCUCGGGGACACGCCUGCGUCCAUUCGACACUUCAAUGUCGCUGUCUCUGCCUUACAUACGUCUGGGGAUCACACCCUCAUGCAGGCCAUAUGUAGGUUGUUCUUCCCCUUGGGUCCGAACUAUGUUCUGAAGCUGCAGCACGAGGUGACGGCUCUGAGAGUUCUGAUGAACAUAGAUAAUCACAAUCCAUACAGCAGCUCUAUGAAGUCGUAUGCCACCCGGAAAUACUGGUCAGAGCCUAGGGAGGAUGACCUGGUCUCUAACGGCGGCCUACGAUGUCGAGAGCUGGACUGUCUCAGAGCGUAUUACUACGUUGCCGUAGUUUACCAUUUGCAGGAACAGUUGUCACAUCCCACGGCCAACACCCCUGAAGUUAAUGUUGUAGGUGAAUCUGAAAGUGCUGGUGUCAGUGGCGAGUGCAGAGAAUCAUCUCAGUCAAACUCCAAAAGCAUGACUGAAAAUCCACAAAAAACAGAAAGCUCUGUGGAUGAACCUUGUAAGGGAACUGCAAACUCUGCAGUUUCCUUGGAGGUCGGUGUUAACAACGCGUCAAGGUCAGAUUCUCCUACAAAGGAUGGUUCAUCUGUGAGUAUGUGUAACAAAAGCUCAAAGUGUUUAAACAGUGACACACCAGGCCCCUCUUUGGACUUAACACAGGGUUCAGCGCCACUUUCUGGAGCUUUGUCUUCAGAAAAGAGCCGAAGCUCAAGUUCAGGUGAGGUAAGUGAGGAACCUAUAGAUCAGGGGACUGAGUCUCAACAAGAGGCAUCUCUCCUCUUAGGCCUGUCGCCAGAAGUCUGUGAUAAAACUCUGGCGCAAUCUCCCAGAUGGGACAUUACGUUAUCUAAACUGAAGUAUUUAUCAAAGUGUCUACUAUGGGAUAUUCAGGGCAAACGUGUGGCUCUGACAGAAACACUUGGGUAUGUGCAUAGAGCCAUGUCACAACUUCUGCUCCAUCAGACUGAGCUCAUCCAGACCCAGACUAGGGGAGACAACUCUGGUGAGCAACAGUCGAAUGGAGAAAACAGCGAGCAGCAGACAACUUCCCCUGUGAAAAACAAUGGUGCUGAAAAGGUACCGCAUCUCACAAAUGGUACGGGAGUGCAAGCAGACACCGAAAGCAAGAGUGAUAUUGUCGUGGAAGAACAAUCCAUUGGUGAGAAACAACUGCCAGGCUUACUUUCAGACGUUGUUGUUGGUUUGCCAAAUGAAACUUUCAACAUUGCAGGGCUAGACAACUAUGUUUCUAUCAGUGAUUUGUGGAAACAUCCUUCCCUGUCAUCAGACUAUUUACAGUCCCCUAAUCUGAAUUCUCCAUUCCAUGACUAUGUGAAGCCCAAAAAAAUCCUCUGGAAGGACAGCCCGGAAGGAUCUGCCAUCAGCUCAGAAAUGUCGCGUCGAAAGAGCUUGGAUUUCUCCUGGUCCCAUGACAAUGGCAGCCUUCCUGCAGAGUGGAAUAGCUUACCUGUGGAUAAAAAAUACACACAGCCUUAUAUCACCCAGGAUAUACUGCAGCAGGAAGAGGAGUUCAUCAAAGGGGAACUACUGAGGGGACCUGAUGCAGAUCAGGUCAUUUUUCCAAACCCGUUGCACAGUGCAGGAUUGCUUCUUGAUAUAUGUGAUAUCGGCCUACAGUCAGUGGAAGACAAAAUCUGGUUUAGUGAAAGAGUUGCAGAUUGGGCACUGUUCUUUUCUGUUACGUCCCUUGACAGGGAACUCUUCGCAGCCAAAAGGCUGAAAAACCAACCAUCAGCAGUGCCACAUUGUAGGUAAAAGCAUCCACAGUACAUUACUACAUUAGAUACAACACCUGUUUUACGAAUAUGCUGAUGGACAGAGAGGCACAAAGUGAGAUCUAACAAUAUUGGGUGUGUCGACUUAGGCAGCCGUUAUAUCCAGUUAUUUCUUCCUAAUUUGGUACAUAAUUUAGUAGCCCAUACUUACAGUUGGAAGGUCUGCCAGCAAGCUGGGAAUGGUCGUAGGUACAGACGUGUUGUCAGACAAAAUGUUUAUGACAUGAAACCCAACAUUUCACGCACUCGCCUCCCUUGAACG